GCGGUUUUGUUAUUUUCCGGCGGCUAGGCAUAAUUGAACCGGCGCAGGUCUCUGUUAUCGGCUUGGCUUGUUUGUCGGGCGACAUAAAAAUAGUUUUUCUUGACGAAAAAGUGGCAAAAUUAAAUUAAAAACAAAAAAAUAAUAAAAAAUACGAAAAACAUCUAUGUGAAAAAAAAAUAAAGUGAAAUAUAAAUAAUUUUUUUAAAGUUGAAAACAAAAAGAAUCGUAAUCAAGUGAAUAUGGACAAACCACGACGUACAACACGAGGUCGACCUACAAAAGAUGCAGAAUCAGUGCCAACUAAAACAAGCACAAAAACAGCUAUUCCUGUGGCAACUGCCUCUACCGGCAGCUCGGUGGGGGGUAGAAGAAGUGCGGCCAUAAGUAACGCUUCGACAACAAGUACUGAUUCUUCAGUAUCAACACGCAGAGCAUCACCAGGACGCACUACUAGAUCCUCACCCUCUAGAAGAGCAUCACCGGCACGUACACGCACUUCACCGGCUAGAACUCGAACCUCACCGGCUAGAACUCGUACUUCACCGGUGCGCAGAUCUUCAAGACCACGUUCAACAAUACCCACUGUACAGCCAGCUGCAGUCGCAGCGCCACCAACUCUAGCCUCAACAAAGGAAGAAGCUGAGGUAAAAGUCACACACACUUAUUUGCCAACAACACUAACAACAAAUACAUCAACUAGAGCACCAGGUAAAAUAACAACAACCUCAUCGACCCAAAGUUCUUAUAGUUCGACUACACAAAAAACCGUUGAAAUACGCACAACAAGCGCUUCGGACAUUAACAAGUUAAGCGACUAUAUACGUCGUUCUGUUUCGAAAACAUUCUCAACAGCUGGAGGAGGAGGAGGCACAGGCGGUAGAGGUACAGAAACACGUGAAGGCUCCUUUACGCCCAGUCAACAUACUGAAGGUGAAAGUCGUUACAGCCGUUCGGUAUCACGUUCCGUUUACGAUGGUGAUGAUCGUUAUUCAAAAGCAGAAUUUUCCGAUUCUGAGGUUAAUGAAAGAGAAGAUGUUAUAGCUGAAGAAAAUGAGGCCAUAGUUUAUGAGGAAGAUGAACAUUUUAAAAGUUUUAAUGCUACCAGUGUAGCACAGCCGACCUCAUUUUGUCGUAAAUUACCGGUACCCAAGGAAUUUGGUGGCUGGUUUGGUGUUACUUUGCUUAUGUUGCUAAUACCCGGCUUGGUGUUUUAUUUACAAUGGUGCUGUUCUCCUCAGAAGUGUGAAUUUAAGCAACCUAAUUUCCAAGGACUUUUGGAUAAAAACUAUUGGUUUGAGGAUGUUUUUAAUGGACAAACUGUGGGCACUUAUUUAGCUUUUCAUUUUGGCAUUUUUGUUUUAUCGGCAUUUCUAUUCGGUCGAGGUGUACGUUUGCCAGGUGCUGCUGAAUACAAAUUUAAUGCCUUGCCCAUGACUAUAGUUUUCCUGUUGGCAUUUGCUAUAGCAGAGUAUUUAAAAUAUCCUGUAGCUGAUUUUAUUGUUAAAAACUAUUUACGUUUUGGUAUAUAUGGUUUAUUGAAUGCCUAUGUAGUGGCCUUGUGGGCCUAUGUGCGCUCCGAUAUGUUGCGUCAAAAGGAUGCGGCUCUUUUUAAUGUUUAUGCUAAGUCUGGUAAUAUUUUAAUAGACUAUGCUUUGGGACGCCAAUUAAAUCCCAAAUGGUUGGGUUUAGUGGAAUUCAAGCAAGUAUUUUAUAAAGCCUCUUUAAUAUCUACCUUUAUGUAUGCUGUCUGUUUGAUUUACAAAAAUGUACAAUUACCUUGGUUGCCCAAAGAAACUGAGGGAGUUGUAGAGAGUGUAAGCUAUUUUGUUAGCCAUUUAAAAUAUGAUGCUACCGCUUUAUUGUGUGCCACCAUGCUUUUGCUAUAUGUUUUGGAUUCUAUUAUAUUCGAGCAUCAUUUGGCUUCUUCAUUUGAACUACAGGGAGAAGGUUUUGGUUGUUUAUUGCUUUUGCGCUAUGCCGCCACUCCCUAUUUAGUAUCAGCUGUAGCCAAAUACUUUUAUGAACAUCGCACUCCCUUAAAUUGUAAAUUUGCAGCCUAUAUACCUUUAGUGUUAUUGACCUUAGGUUUAGGCUUAAAACGUUUAAGUAAUGCCAUCAAAUACAAAUAUCGUGUACAACCCAAUCAUCCACAUUUCGCUAACAUUGAAACCAUACACACAUUCCAAGGUAAACGUUUACUUUUGGGUCCAGUAUGGGGUCGUUUGCGUCAACCCAACUAUUUGGGUGAUAUUAUAGCCAUUAUUGCUUUAGGUUUGCCAUUGGCCAUGCGUUUUGCUUGGCCUCCUUUGGUUUGCUUGGCAUUGAUAGUCUUAUUACUGAUUCACCGUUGCUUCCGUGUAAAUGCCCGAAAUACCUCACGUUAUCACUCUUCGUGGGUGCGUUAUCGUAGUAUAGCUCGUCACUAUUUGGUGCCCAAUAUAUUUUAAAUUUUAUACUUAAUAUUAAUUUGCUAAACUCUAACCUUAAAAUUUAACUCAAAAUUGAAUUUUUAAUUUUAAUUUCCCACCGUUUGUUUUAAAUGUUUAAAUUGUAGUUAAUUUGGCUUUUGUUCGAUAAUUAUUUCUUUUAAUUAUUUGUGUCAUGUGUGUAACUAAUAAAUUUUGUAAAUAUUUUUUUUUUAUUUUCAAAAUUCACUAAAUCUCUUUGUAAGUGUAAGUGUGUGUUCACUUCUGUAUGCACAUUAUUAACAUAUUUUAUUUUCAAAAUAUGCUCAUGUUUUCAUUUUAAAUAAUUCAAAUAAUUUUACUAAAAUUGACAAUUUUUUUUAUAAUUAUAUAAAAAUGGCUUUUUCAAUUUGUGAUCCCAAAGGAUCAUCUAUACAAUACAUAAAAAAAUAAAAUAAAGAAAUCAUACAUUUAUAUUUAA